CUGGUAUCGAUGAUAUCACUAUUCUUGAAUAUCAAGAUCGUAUCGGUGGACGUGUCCAUACUCAUUACUUUACUGAUGAUCCUGAUGAUGAAAGACGUUUAUAUGGCGAACUUGGCGCAAUGAGAUUAUCUUACGUUCAAGAUCGGCCAGAACUUAGUCCACAUCAACUAGUCUUUGAUACAAUUGAUUAUCUGAAUGAAUAUAAUAAAAAGGAUGAUCCAGAUAGAAUUAUCAAGCUUAUUCCUUUUAUUAAUAGAAAUCCAAAUGCCUUGUAUUACUUCAAUAACAAAAAGGCACCAUCCGGUGAAAUCAUGACUAAUAAUUACUCUGCAAGCGUUGGAGCAAACCAAUUAGGAUUACCUGAUGAAAUUCCAGAUAAUUAUCUUAGUUUGUGGAGUGAUGCAUUACAACCUUUUUUUGACGAAUUGGAUGCAAAUUUCACAAAUGGUCUCAUAAAUUUAGAAAGUUAUGAUCAUCAUAGUGUCUAUUCUUAUUUAAGAGAAGUUAUUCUCCCUAAAGCAUUACCAUCAAAAUCUGCUGACUAUGAUGAAAUUAUUAGUGCUAUUGAAUUGCAAGAAGCAGGCACAGGCAU